ACACUUAAUAUAAUUUUUAUAUCCACAGGCUCUAACAGCUCUGUUGUCAGACGACAGCAAGUUCGGCUUCAUUGUGAUUGAUGGUAGUGGCGCCCUGUUUGGGACUUUACAAGGCAACACAAGGGAGGUGUUGCACAAAUUUACUGUGGACCUGCCCAAAAAACACGGUAGAGGAGGACAGUCUGCUCUUCGAUUUGCACGUUUGAGGAUGGAGAAGAGACAUAACUAUGUGCGUAAGGUAGCAGAGACAGCUGUGCAACUCUUCGUGUCCAAUGACAAGGUCAACGUGGCAGGACUGGUUCUUGCCGGAUCGGCCGACUUCAAGACGGAGCUCAGCCAGUCAGACAUGUUUGAUCCGAGGUUACAAGCGAAGGUUCUGAAGCUGGUUGACAUAUCGUAUGGAGGAGAGAACGGUUUCAACCAGGCCAUUGAGCUUUCAGCAGAAGUGCUGUCCAAUGUCAAGUUCAUCCAAGAAAAGAAACUAAUAGGCCGAUAUUUUGAUGAGAUCAGUCAGGACACGGGGAAGUAUUGUUUCGGAGUUGAAGACACACUCAAAGCGCUGGAGAUGGGAGCGGUGGAGAUUCUUAUAGUUUACGAGAACCUGGACACUAUGCGUUAUGUCCUACGCUGUCAUGGAGAAAAUACUACACCAGAAAAUGAUGAAAAGAUACUCUAUCUGACACCGGAACAGGAGAAGGACAAGUCUCAUUUCACUGACAAGGAGACAGGUCAGGAGCAUGAGCUGAUUGAGAGCAUGCCGCUGCUAGAGUGGUUCGCUAACAACUACAAGAAGUUUGGGGCCACGCUGGAAAUCGUUACAGACAAAAGCCAGGAGGGUUCACAGUUUGUGAAAGGCUUUGGAGGCAUUGGUGGAAUCUUGCGGUACCGGGUGGACUUCCAAGGCAUGGAAUACCAGGGAGAUGAUGAUGAGUUCUUUGAUUUAGAUGACUACUAGGUAGUCGGGACUAACACAAAAUUCAAAUACAAGAUUUUCCCCCUUCACCUACCCCGCAAACGGCAGGGGAGCGAAGGAGAUCCAAUCAGCAGGAGGGAGAAUAAGAAUUUGAGAGGAUGGCGGAUGGUCUGUGUGUCCCUGGCUUUAGAAUACAGCGACUCCAUCUCUGGACUGGAAGAGACUGAGUUUUCUCCUGCUCACUAAUUACCAGGUCAUCGCAACAGCAUGGCCAUGGCCCGUCUGCCUGUCCUGCCUCAGCUCUUCACGAAAACACUCUAGGCUUUCAGAUCUACUUUUUCUUCCCUUCUAAUCUCACUCCUUUUCUUCCGUUUGCCUCUCCUUUUAUAAUGGCAUCUGCUGCUGUUGUAUUUUAUUCAAAUGUAUUAUAUUUUCUCUUAUUCAGUGUAUGAAGAAAGCAGUAGCAAAUGAUUAGAUCUGUACUGCUUACCUCUAGCCACCUCAAGCCCAUUGUCAGGCCUGUGUUUUAAUUUCCCGGUUAGCCCAGACUUGAUUUGUUGCCUUGUUUCUGCUGUAAACCAGUGUGGUGGUGGUGAUGCACUCUGAGCCAGCGGUACACCCUGCUCCUCCCAUCGCAUUGUGCCCACAUUGAGGUAUUUCUUGCUCUCAAAUGGACCAUAUAGUAACUGGACCCAUCCCUUCUUGAAGACAGAGAACCAUCUUUCACAGUGCAUUUCCCUCACUUGUUUUCCUCAGCCCCCAGGAGAUGCUACUUCUCAAAAUAAACUAUAUAUGAGUGCCUGAAUGUUGCAGUUUGUGAGAUAUGACAGCACAGUGUACCAGCAUCUGGACCCUAACUUCAGCCUCCUGCUGUUUCCGAACAUAAAAUCUUAGCUCGAGCCUUCAGCACUCAUUGGUAUUCGGCUUUAUGCAUGGGAAUGUCCUUUGGGACUGAUUAUGGGGUUGGGGUGGGGGGUUAUACUGUGUUAACUGUGAUGUGUGAGUGAGUAUGUGUCAGUUUGGCUGUUUAAUUCCCUUUUAAAAAGUCCCAUCUCAGAGUCUGUGACCCGCCACAGAUUACAAGCCUCUAAGUUCUUUCCAUUUUGUCCAGUCAUAUUUUAACAGAAUGGUUUUAGAAAGA